CAUUUGGUCACAUAUAAAUAUGUCUUUGGCAGUAACAGUAUUUCUCUCUCACUAAAAAAAUCGUCUAUAUUCUAUGUAGAUACAUUUGUGAAUUAUUAUUUAUUUUGUGUUUGUGUUUAUUCAGGAACGUUACUCUCAUUUACGACCUCACCACUGCCCCCAGUUAAGAACAUUUUAAACGCCAAACUAACAAAUACAGUCACCCAAAUAUCAAACCUAAACCUGAAACAAAAACCCAACAGUCCAACAUGGCCACGGCAGACAGCGAGCUGAAGAAGAUAUUGACCGAGUUAAACCAUCUUUCAGUCAAGAGGAGACAACUUCUGGAAAGGAAAAAAAUCCAGUACAUAUUUCACGAGUUGAAGAGUCGUAAAGAAUUUGAACAAACAGAGGAGGUAGCCUCUAAUCUGCAUGAGAUUCACACCAUUGAUGACACACUGAAACAACUGGCACAAAGGAAGGCAGAGCUCCAAAAAAGAUACGAGGACAUCCUAAAUGCCAAAGAUAUGAAGAAUGAGGUUAGCAUCGCCUCCUGUCAGAUUGAGCCUGAUGUUCCUGUUCCUUGCGUUGACAUUGUCUAUAUUGGCGGUCCACCUAACAUCACUGCCCCGGCAGUGAUCCUGGACACGGAGCACUUUCCACCGUAUCCAUGCAGGACACAGUGUCCUGAGUGUAAGCAGUUCAUAAUGACAGAGAUCUUUACUUCCGUUAGCAGUGUCACAUGGCUGGUGUGCUUCACGACAGCUGUGAUUGGCUGCGUGGCCGGUUGUUGCUUCAUUCCCUUCUGCAUGAAACAGUUUAAAUCGAUCACACACAGAUGUCCUGAGUGUCAAACGAAUAUCAUGACUUUAAAAAAGCUCUGAGAGAAAAGGGAGCUGGUGGAAACGCGAAGCUCAGAAUGAAAGAGCAUCAGACAUCCGCCGAGUAUUCCUACAGCGUAGAGCCCAUUUAUGUAUGUAAAUGUAUAUUAUAAAAGGAUUUAAAGACAUAUUUGUAUUAAUUAUACUUUAAGUAAAUUAUUAAAUCUGAUCAAUAAGACUGUGAAUAUACUGUAUUAUUUAGAGUAAUAAUAUUGGGCUAUAAAUAAAAAUUGACUUGACUAUCACAAAUUUGCUUUCAUGGGGCUUAAUAAUCUUUAGAGCAUGACAAGGACAACAUACACACAGGAGAGAGAGAGAGAGAGAGAAAUUAAGUAAUCAAAGGAAGAGCAACUAACUGAAAGUUAGAGGAAAAGAUGAAUCUAAUGAUAUGAAUAAAGGUAGAGUGGACAGUGAGUGAACAUGUUUUCUCUCAGUCAACCUUUGAUGGCAAUAACUAGUUUGUUUAAUGUAAAUGUUUCCUUUAUUGCUGGCAAUAAGAGAUGCACGACAGUAUUGUUGACCACCCACUCACUAUUCUAUCAAAAAUACUUGUUCAGCCAUAAACUUGUGUGUCUUAUUACAUCAUUUAUGUCUGCAAUCUUUUUUAUUAUAUUAUAAAACAUGUCUCUGGUUCACAUUAAACAAAAAGAGAAAUAGAUUUAACAAAUUAUUUUUUAGAAGAUGUUACUGGACACAAA